UGUAGAGUAUUGAUAAUCCGAUCUAGAAUUGAGAAAGGAAAAUGAAGAGGAAACACGAGGAUGACUGUGAAGUAGUAUAUUCUCGGGUGGAGUCCCAACCUAAUUUUGGUAAAAUGGCAAUUGCUAUCGGAGGGGAAUGGAAAUCUCUCGGGACAGCCCUGGGAUACAAUCUUGCGCAGUUAGAUCAUUUAACGGAAAUUUACCAUGAAAGACCUGUUAAAAGGAAUCGCAUUAUGUUGGAAAAAUGGUGGGAAGCUAUGAAAUCGGAAAAAGAAGGUUGCGAAGUUGAACAACUCCUGUCAAAAAUUCUAGAUGAUUCAGGCCUCAAAAUGAUUGCAGAGGAGGAGCUUGCAAGUGGCUGUCGAGGAUCAACAACAACUUAUGGAAUGGGAAGCCUGGUGUCAAAAAUCAUUUUUGAUAUUGAAAGCAGUAUCAAGAAAGAUCAACUUCAAUGUUACAUUGAACAAUGGAAAGUUCGCGAUGAAAAAUACUUUGAGCCAAGGUGCUUUUCGAAAAUUAAAGAAACCUUUGUUAAAAAUGGAUGUUUGACUUUGAUAGCGUCACCUGGAGAUGGGAAAACGGCCACCUGCAUGCAUCUCGCUCUCCAAAUGAUGGACUGCGGUUACAACAUACUUCCAGUAAACACAUCAAAAGAACUGAAAAAGUGCAAUCCUGCAGAAAGAACACUAUUUAUACUGGAUGACCCAAUUGGCACGAAUAUGCUCGAGGAAAGACGUAUUCGUAGUUUGCUGAAACAGCGUAUUCUAUUUGAAAGCUGUAUAGAAAAGGGCAACACAAAGGUGAUUAUAACUAUGAGAAAAGGGUUGUACAAGGAAGCGAAACAUUUCAUUCAGGACAGUUUCCUGGGAAAGCAUUGUUUCGAUCUUUCAGCCGUGUGCAAUCAGUUGAAUCUAAAAGAGAAAGAGGGAAUUAUGGAAAAACAUGGCCUACCAGCGGCCAAAUUGCACAUAACCGAAGACUAUUUCCCUGGGUUUCCUGUUCUUUGCCAUCUCCUGUCAGUGCCUGAUAUCUCUGAUUCUAACGAGGUACUCGGCCCUGCUAGCGUGAUCAAAAAACAAAUAGAGGAUUUAAGACGAUCAUCCAAAGUUCAUCAGUAUUGCGCAUUGAGUUUACUUGCGCUUUUCGAUGGUAUCUUUGAAAGAGACAUUCUAUUAGAUAUGGAAUGUAGCAAGACGACAUCGAUGAAUUCUAAUGUGAUUGACAUUAUUCGUUCGUGUGGUUUGUCAACCAAACAAAGUACCUUCCGUCAACUUCGCGAGUCUCUUGAUAUAAUGGAGGAGGUCUAUGUCAUGAAGGAUCAAAAUGGAAACUUCCAGUUCUUGCAUGAUUUGAUAUAUGACGCCGUCGCGAGCGUGUAUGGAGCCGAGAACAUUCGAGUUGUCAUUCAACAUUUCAGUCCGGCGUUUCUGCGAUCUCGGAUUCGAAUUGAACAUAUUGGAUUUGGUCAGAUUAUGUUGUUACACAAAGACUUCGCCAGAUUCGCUGAACGUAUCUCUAAAGACCUUAAGGGGGGUUUCAUAGUCGACGUCUUCACAAACCCGUCCAUCCUAAAUGCAGAAUUCCAGAAAUGCUGGAAAACAUGUCUACUAAAGUACUCCGAUGCCGAAAGGAAAAAGAUGCUUUCGUAUCAACCUGAGGUGACCAUGUUUGAUGAAAGAGAAAUGAAGAAGGCUCUUGACUACGCUAUCUUAUCAGCUACACCUAUACACUGGUUAAGUAGGCUUGGGAUGUGCUCCUUUCUGCGUGAGAUGCUAGAAACAUUCGAGGGCACGUUUUUGAAGACAUUGCCGGGGAAUACCAUGCCAUUACAUUUCGCUGCUGGCUAUGGACAUUUAGCCACGGUCAAGUUGCUCUUACAUUUCAAUGUUGACGUCAAUGCAAAAUCCAGUCUGCAAAUUGAUGAAAAUUUGUCAUCAAUCGGUGAAUAUUACACGGGAUUUACGCCCCUUUUGUAUGCAUGCAGAGAGAACCACGUCGACGUGGUUGACUGCUUGUUGAAGAAUGGCGCCAAUCCCGAUCUGGUGCGAGACCAUGGGGGCUCCCCAAUGCUGAUUACAGCAGACAAAGGGCAUUACAUCGUUAUCAAGACAUUAUUACAACACAAUGCAGAUCCGAACAUAUGCUGCGAACAUGGUACAUCACCACUUUUCCUGACAUCACAGGAAGGACAUAGUAAGUCGGCCAUAACUUUACUAGAAGGUGGAGCUUUAAUUAAUCAUAAGAAACCUUCAGGGAUGUCUCCUCUAGGCGUGGCUGUAAAAAGGGGUCAUAUAGACACUGUACUGCGUCUCCUGAACCGAGGCGCAAACAUACACGUAGCAGAUAACGAUGGCAACACUCCACUCCACAUGGCUGUACAGACAAGAAGGACAGACAUUGCAGAGAUGUUGAUCUACCGUGGAGCUGACCCGACCUUGCGAAACAAGGGAGGUGACUCUGCACGAAGUAUGUCAUUGAAAAUGGACGGAACGCCUUUAAUCAAAACACUUCAUGGUCUGCCAAUCGGAACGGGUAAGAUAUGACACCAGAUGUACAGAAUACUCCUGGAUACAAUAUUCAAAGCUGAGGAAAUGAAACAAUGUAAAAUGUAUCAAUAUCGGGGUACAACGGUAGUAUAACAAUACAUACAAUCAAUCGUUUAAU